ACUUCCCUGUCUUUCUCCUCAUCACCCUCGAUUUAGCCCUCUCUAGUAAAUCGUAUUAGGUAGCACCUAACCACCUAACCACAGCUCUUUAGGCGCCUAACGGCUUGUAGGUACCUACCUGGUGUUAGACCUCCAAGGUUCCAAGGUUAUAAAUGGGAGUUACACUGUGCCAAAUCCUGAGGUAAUCCCGACCUGACCAGCGAAGACAGCCGUCCCAAUCAGUUCCGAAGCUCCCCGCUUUGAGAUCUAAUACUACUUGCUACAUAAUAUCUCCUCAUAUCCAUCUCUCUUCUGUGCCCAAGCACAUACUCAUACCCAAGUGUUUCAGCUUAGAUACUUAUCUAGUUAAAUAAUAAAUUCCACCAUCUUCUUCAACGUUGCCUUACCCCUCAGCCAGCAGAUGACUUCUCAGUUGUCUUCAUGGUCGAACUCUCGGCUUUGUUGUUAGAUAAUAUAGGAUGUCCCCGUUGCAUACGAUUCGAUCGACAUGUUGACCAGUGCCAUUUGCCAACCCACGCCUCGGGCGAGGUCUCUCCAGACCGUCGCCACGGCCCGCAACGCCUUGCGGCCUACUAAUACCUCUUUGUUAAAGGCUGGACAUCGUCAGCAGAUUCGUGGCUUUCGCUUUGGCAUGUGGGCAUCAUAUCUCGACCCUGAAUUUCAAAAGGAAAUGCGACACCGCCACCGAGCGAUUAAGUACAAGUAUAUCGAAGCUAUCAAUAGGAGGUUAUCAUGGGACCAGCGUACUAUCGAUGGACACCCGAAGACUGUCCUCAAGCAUAUGCUUCGCAGGUAUUGGGACCCGAAUCAGGUGAGAUGCGGCUCACGGUUUUUCAACCAUGACGAGUUGAAUAGCCGGCAGCAACAUGCUCGAAAUGCUCAAGACAUCGAACAUGAGCGUGGGGAAACCCCAUGGCACAAAGAUUCCUGGAAGGAUAAUCAUACCAACCAUCGUUCUCCGUUCCCAGAUGCUUAUGAUGUGUUCAAGUCACGGAUGGAUGAAACCACAAAGCAAUGGCGUACCUCAAAAGAUGGAAGACCCCGGGAAGAUUUCCAUCCAUCCUCGAAGGAGCCAACAGAGUCAACAAGUGCAGAGGCCAGCUCUAACCAAAAGGAUGGAUAUGUUGACACUAUGUCGCCCUCGCCCAUGGAAGAUUAUAUAAUUGACCCUAUCACAAACCGCAAAGUUCUAAGGAAAGGGAGCAGCCUAGUAGAAGAUACACCAUCCACCACAAACGAGCCUUUCAGGGUAUACCGGUCCCAAUUUGCUGCAUUUAACCCCCCCGAAGACGAAGUAAACCCUGGGCCUAUUCAUUCCAAUGGCCCUCCUCCGCCUAAAGAGCUGAAGGAGUACGGUCAGAUUAAGGUUGAUCAGGUACCACCUUACGGUGUUGAUAGUGAUGGUCACCGAAUGUCAGGAUUAGGUGAUAACGCAGAAAGUUCUCGACCUUCUAUCAUAGAGAGUGAAGAAUAUGCUCUCAACCAUCUCCCAGCUGAAGAACCAGCUGAACCAGAGCCACCCAAGAAAUACGAGGAUCUUGAUAAGUAUAAGACUUACGGAGCGAGAGAAGCAGAAAACGAUUCGGAGGUACCCCAGAAUCGAGAGGAACUACGCGAGUACAGGCCAUAUUUGCACAACGAAAGUACGGAGACUGAAACCCGAAAGGCGCCUUACGAUGACUUAGAUAAAUACGGACCAUACAAACAUGAUGAAGAUGUGGUGAGGGACGACGACACUUCCCCUAAGUAUGACGACCUCGACAACUAUCAGCACUACAGUGACGAGGCUAAGCAAUCGGCGGAUGACUUAACAUCUAAGUAUGAAGACCUAAGCAAGUACAAAACAACAGACUUCCAGGAUUCUUUGGUGGAGGAAAGACCUUUUCAGGAAUAUGGAGAUCUUGAAAAAUAUAAAACUUUCAAGUACCAGGAAUUCGACGACAAGAAUACACUUGAACAAGAUAUUGUCGCGGAGAGCCUCAAGGAGUUUGAAGCAAAAGAGCAAGGGUCAAAUUUGACUGAAACCCCAAGGCCUAGUGUCGCUGACAGGCUUAAGAAGCUAGAUCUUAAUGAGACGCCAUCUCCGAAGAGUUCGGCUUCGGCUCCCUCGUCUUCAUCCUUCCACCAAUCUUCUCGCCACUUGCCCACAAAAUCUGAAAACUGGGAAUCUUUAGAGCGAUCUAUGGUCAGUCACAACCAAGCUUCCGAUGCAGCAGAUCGAGAGGCUAGCUCCAACGUCAGAGAAUCGCGCGCGAAAUCUCAGGAUGAUGACAAUCAUGCAAGCAAACGCACCUUCACCGGCAACUAUGUUCGAGAUUUUCCAGAAGACUUUUCAGGGUCAUGGGGUACUCGAGCUUCGAAUUUGAGCUCCGACCCCGUAAUGGGAUCCGAGUCAAGCAUCACCAACGAAAAAGCAGCACACAUCCAAGCAGCGGAGAAGCAAUACGCGGAACAGCUUUCUAAUCCAGCUCAAUUUGAGGGGUCAGAACUUAGUUUGGGCGAAGAGCAGAAACAAUCGAAGCUGGAGCCGGCUUUGGAUAGGCAAGACACAGGAACUACGGAAAAUAAAUCGAACCAUGACUCUGUAACACAGGCAGAGGUCGACCCUUACUCCAAAGAACCACAAGGCUUGGAAACGUCGUAUACCAAAGAAUGCGACGGUGAACAUGACUCGCCAACCUUUAAGACAUAUGGCGGCGAGCCAGAGCCUUCUUCGGUGAAGGCGGAUGCUAAUCCAGGCGUCUUUCACCUUCACUCGUCAUAUUACCGGGAUCCGGAACUGGACGGGCGAUCUCCAGUCUCAUCGCUAGCACCCGAAUUCAAGUUGGAACCAAGUCGAACUACUGAGCCUACGGUGUACAAGAUCCUGGCUUACGACUCGAGCACGCAGAAAAUCAAUAUAGCCGAGACCACCUCGAUCGUGCCUGACCAAGCAGCCCCCCUGACACCGGCCGAAGUGCUACUCCGCCUGUCAAACCCAACAAAGUUCUUUCCACACUUCGCGCCCCUCCAAGCCGAGGGCUUCGAGAUCGUAUCCGGCGAAGGAGACGUUCUAGUCUUCCGCCAGGUUCGCCACAGCAAGGCGGCGGACAGUCAGACAGGAGCACCAGUUAACCCGAUCGACCUGAUGGGCAAGUCGACAGCGCUGCCGAAUGCAGCAGCAUUCGUGUCGCCGACCGGAUUUGUUAACUAUGACGUCCCCAAGGUCGAGGAGGAAUCCCAGACUACGCCAUUCCGCUCCGGUAUCGAUGUAAGAAGGGAGGAGCCCGUGUUCAGCGGCCCGAAGGUGACGAAGGAGGAGGCGAAGAAGGGGAAGGGAAAAAAGAAGAGGAGCUUGGGAAAACGUGCGCUGCUUGGUGGCGCGUGGGUUGCGGGCAUCUCGUACGGAUUGGGCGUGGUGAGCGAGUAUUUUAAGACUGGUGGGUUGGAUGGAAGGGGUCCGAAGGGGUUUUGAUGGUGUUCCAUACCUGUCACGGAGGAAACGGAGAUAGGGGAGCGUCGUGUUAGGUACGAGCUACUGGAUUGGAAACGUUUCGGGUUUGGGAGUCCUAGGUGUUAGUAUGGCAUUGUCACGGUGCUUUUGCUUGUGCUGGCUAUUUUCUGGUACUGUACGUAACCGGGUUUCGGAUUAUGGAGAUGCUCCUUUCGGGCGUCGAUAUUACGAUCAUUGCUACUCUACUACGUUGUAUAGUAUGUUUAGAUGUCAAGCGUAUUACUAGCUAAACUACUCCUCCUCCGUUAUG